UGCCAGGGACAGAUGAAUGAGUAGAGCGCAAGGAGAAGACAUUUCAUCUUGCUCGAGAGUCAAAAGUCGAGAGUGGAGAGACAUCUCGGAAGAUCGACUUUUGACCUUUUGCCUCUAGCUGCUUCUGUCGUCUCUCUUCUUGGAGAGAUUAAAUCGAUAUCUAGACUUGCUAUUUGCUGAACUGUUCAAUAGUGUGGUGAGGACCUAUAAGAAGGAACAAGAGACAAACAACGUGUCCAGCAAUAUUGUUUUGUUGUACGCGUAAGUGCCGGAUGGUUUCAUCUCAACAAUACACCCCAACUAUAUUUGGGUGUCGAAGCUUGAAAACACGAAAAUGUGCUUCCCAAUGUAUCCCUGGGGCCUGAUGCUCACAUGUUCCAGUGCAACUGUAUACUAUCUACUCGGCUGGAAAGUGGAGCACGCUUAUGCAUCCAAAAUACUCUCCAGAUACUCGUCCUUGUCGUACCAAACCGAAUUCCCUCAGCGUCAACACGCAGACACUCCUGGUGCACUCAGUGGAAUUCCCUUGGGCAGGACACAAGAUCCCAUGAAUGUGAGAAUUUUGGAAUUCUCUAAUUGGAUCACAACACUAAUCCAUGCCUUGUUGGCUGCAUUGGGAGGUGGAGUUCUGAUGUGGAACACCCACCACGACAUCAUUUAUGGUCGAAACUGUGUCCUUGCUGAUACCCUAGCCUAUCACAGUUUGGGGUAUUUCAUUUUUGACUCCUACAGCCUGAUUCGUCUCUUCCACUCAAAAAUCAAAACAACCAGACUAUCAACACUGAUCUGGUACCGACCUGAUUUAAGCUUUCACCAUUUUGGCGUGAUUUUCAUCUUUACCCCAAUUGUGCUCUACUUCAGACGCGGCUUGGGUGAUUUCUUUGUGGGCAUGGCCUUCCUAAUGGAGCUGAGUACCCCUUUUCUGGCGCUUAAGGGCCUUCUUCAAAUACUGGACCUUCGAAGCGCGUUCUCACGAGGUUUUCUUCUGAACUCGAUGGUCUUGACUCUGACGUUUCUUAUGGCUCGACUUUUUCCACUGCCCUAUGCAUAUUGGCUCUAUGCCAAACAAAGCCAUCAAUCCCUGUGGGAAGCUUGUUGUGGACUCGCCUGGCAUUGCAACCUCGGCACUGUGGCACUUUUUGCUUUCCAGGGAUAUUGGUUCAUUUCAAUGGUUCGCAGCACCACGCGAUUGUUCUAUGAGGAGGUCGUCCGGGCCUCUCAUGUUCCGCCCUCUAACGCUACAACGACGACAACGAGUAACCCAUUGAGUGAACCUCGUGAGAAAAGAGAAUGAUGGUGUCUAGGUCACUCACUCACUCACUCGUUGGUUUGGUGGUCACUUACAAGGCUCUUCCUCUCACGUCAUAGAAAGGUCACGAUACAGAUGAUAAGUGUUGUCUCUCUUGCUCUCUGCUGUGUUUUUCUUAGUACCACAGCAUCACCACUUUCUUUCAAAUUGUUCUUAACAUUUGGACGGGAUGAGUGGGUGGAAGUGCGUCAUAAAAUAAAUUGGAACCCACAGAAAACGA